CAAAAAUUCUUCAGUUUUGUAAAGAUUUUUGUAGUGGUGGCUGUGUAGUUUGCGAACCGGUAUUCUUAUUAGGAAAUGAAUUAUUUUUCUCAAUACACCCAGGAUUAUUGGACGUUUUAUGACAUAAUUUGUUUGUGAUAUUGUUUUAUGUGUUCAUUUUCCGUAGAAUAGAUAGUGUUUCGCGGGUGCAAGUGUAUUUCUUUUGCGUAGUUUGAGUUCAUUUUGUGGUUGUGCAAGGAUUUUGUUCUCGACUUCGGCUCGCGGCGGUCUCCGUUGCAGGAUAUUUGAGAGCGUUGUUACGGCGUGACACGCGGAUUUCCUGCUAUUGUUACGAUGUCCUCAGUGAGGGCGUGACUCACUGGCUGCCAUGUCGUCGUAGCCGAAAACUUCUUGCUUCUUCUGGUGUGACACAGCCACCAUGGGCGGCUCGGGCGUCUCCGACGAGUACACCCCUCCGCGGCUCUCGCGGCUGCUGCACGCGCUCCCCCAUAUCAACGUCACGCUACACCGCGUCAAUGACACGUUCGCGCCCGACUCGCCCGUCUACCUCGAGAGCCUGGGUAUCCUCGGCUCCAUCCCCGGAGCAUGGCUGAUCCUGACCCUGACGGUGCUGCUCAUCUACCUGCUGACGAGAUGCUGCGACAGGAAGCAGCGUCCGCCCAGGAGCAUCACCGCCCUGAAGAUAACGCUCAUGAUCUUAUCAGUGCUGUGCUGCGGCGCGAUAGGUGUGGGUCUCUUCGGCAACGACGACCUUCACAACGCCAUGCUGCAGAGCAUCCAGGCUGGUAACCAGCUCGCGGCGCUGGUCAAUACGGUGAAGAACCAGUCAAGCAUCCUGGAGGAAGCGAUGGGGUCCCGCGCCCGCGCGCCGCUCGCGCGCCUCGCCGACGCGCUGGACGCGCCCGUCUCCAACCAAACUGCGCUGGGAACGUUGCUGCGGGCGCUGUCCACUCUGAGGAAUAAUGCCUCCGCUGCGGCGUCCGCGGCCGAUAAUCUGAGAAGACCGUUGGCGCAGCUCAAUUUGGAUGCUUUUAUGAAGCGCGCAUGGGUGUGGGAGGCGGCGCGCUGGGCCGGCGGCAUGGCGGGCUGGUGCUGCGGCGGCGCCGUGUGCGUGGCGCUGCUGGCGGCCGCCGCGAGGCGCUCCAGGCGCGCCCUGCUGCUGCUUUGUGUGGGCGCGCUGGGCGCGCUGGUGGCGUGCUGGCUGGCGGGCGCGCUGCUGGCGGCGGGCGCGGUGGCGGCGGCGGACGCCUGCCAGGACCCCGCCGCCGCGCUCGCCAACUACGCCCCGCACCGCCUGCCGCUCGACAUGGUGCACUACUACUUAUCGUGCAAGGUGUCCCGCGAGAACAUCCUCACAGCCGAGCUGCGUAACGCCCAACGUGCGGUGGUCGCCGUCCGCCAGGCCCUGGCUAUACUGUCGCGCGGCGCGCCACAGCUGUUCAACGACCCUGCGCUCCAGCCAGCUUUAGGGGCUCUCGGCGCCGGAACAGGCGAGGCGGAGCGCGCGCUGGUGUCGCUGAGCGGCGCGCUGGAGUGCCGCAUGGCGCGCGCGUACUUCGUGGCCGGCGCCCGGGCCGCCUGCGACGCGGGCCUGCAGGCGUUGUCGCUGCAGCUGCUGGCAGCCAUCGCGGCCGGUUUCCUCUUCACCGCCAUCGUUCUCGUCGACUCGCACGCCUGGAUCUACAUUAACACCAAACGCGCCGGAACUGGCGAAGAGCAAGCACCGUUCCUCUCGAGCGGCGGCAGCAGCGCGUGCAGCCGCACCCUGCCCCGCCCCGCGCCCUUCCCCAACGGCAAACCGCCCAGCUACAGCGCCGCAGUACAACUGUGUGAUUUGGACCAGCGACCCAGCAGAUCGCGCAUGUCGGGCAGCGCGACACUCGGGCGCGGCGCGAGCAGCUCGAUGGGCGUGGACUCUCUCGGCGGGUCGCACACGCUCGGCCGCGCGCCGCACAACGGCAAAUACGCGACCCUCAGCAAGCAGUGCAAGACGCUGGAGAGCAACGACUUCUACUGAGAUAGGCCCGGCGGCGCGCUCAACACCGAACUUAACAAGGGUCAGGCCAGCCGCACCGCCCUGAACCGCUUCGACCCUAAGUACGCCUCGUUCGGGCCGCGCGCGCCGCGCCUGCGCCCCGCCGCGCCCGCGCCGCCGCUCGCCACCUUCACCCCGCACCCCUCCCUCCCCUCCCACCCCCAGCACCCCCCGCACCCGCAGCACCACAACCCGCACCCGCCCCGCCCGCAGCUGCCCCGCGACCUCCCGAGGGAGCCGAGAGAGCAACGCGAGCAAAGAGAGCCAAGGGAGCAACGCGAGCAACGGGAGCCAAGGGAGCAACGCGAGCAAAGGGAACCGAGAGAGCUGCCGCGGGAGCCGAGAGAGCAGGACAAGUAUGCUACGGUGCGGCCGCCGAGGCGGACGGAACCGCAGCCGCUGUCGGCCGCCGCGCUCGAGUAUCGAUCGCUCCAACGGCCGCGUCGACAGCAGCCAGCGCCCAACACUGGCACCACGCACCGCCGCCGUCCCGACCGCCCGCAGCCCCAGCACGACCACCGCGACCUCUACGCCGUCACCGAGCUCUAAACUCUAUCCCUUACCUGUAACGUGCAAAUUCGAAUGCGACCCAAACGGCGCUUACGACCUUCUCAUAGUGCAGUGAUUCGGAUUUCGAUUUCUAAAUUUCGAAGCGACUUAUUGAACUCUAAGCUUUAUCCUCAACCCGCAAGGUGCAAAAUACGACGCAGCGCAAACGGUGCCGCCGCCUCUAUGCUAUCAUUGAACUUUAAACCCUAUCCUUUCCCUCGCAAGGUGCGAUUUCCGACGCGACACGAACGACGCAUACCACCUUCUCAUAGUGCAGUGAUUCGGAUUUAGAUUUUUAAAUUUCGAACGCCUCCGUUCGGGAGGUUGAAAGUGCUAAGAGUGAAAACGGUUGGUACUAAAUUAUUAAAAGACUUUCAAACGACCCCGUGUUUUUAAAGUAAAUACGGUAGUCGAAGCGAUACUUAAUGAAUUUUCGAAAUAAAUGUGACAUUUUUAUCUAACUGUUCGUAAACGGUCAGUAUUCUUUUCGUCACGUUUGUGGCGUCCGAAAGUUUUUAGCUAAAUAUUAAAAAAACGUUUAGUAGAGUGAUUAAUUAUAAAGGAUAUCUUAUUAGAACCAUAGUGAAGCGGUUUUUCUUGCCAUAAGCAUGCAAUAAUUGUAAUUUGUGUUGUUGGAAAUGGAGACUAUUAAGUAAGGAUGCUCAAAUCUCAAGGAAUAAUAAAUGUACUUGGUCUAAUGUGUGUUUUUGAACGGCGUUAAUUUAUUCAAACGUUAGUUAAGACAUUUUUUUAAUAGCACAAAUAUUUAACAAAAUUUUGAUGCGGUUUUUACCACAUUGGAAAAGGCCUAUUGUUUUUACUGGUUUUUCAUAGCUUAGAAUGAUUUUUGGUAAAAAUGUGACCUUACUUUUUCGCGUAUCAUUUGAUCAUGUCCACAUGAAGGCUGUGCCAGUAAAUUUUAACGACCAAUAACAUAAUUUUUUGAAAACUUUCUUAUUAAAAAAAGUGAAAAUACAAAAAUUUCUCAAGAGUCCUCUCUUGUCUGACUGUGUGUUUUUGAAUCGGUUUUCGCUCAAUAGACGUAAGUAACUCUGGUUAAGACAAUGGAUUUUGAAACUUAUCUGUUGGUAUUUAGACGCUUUUUAGCGAAAGUGCUAGAAAGAUGCCAAAUAGUAGGGAGUUACACUUGGCAACUCAUAGUGGCUGAAAUCGGAAUCUUUUUUUGCGAAUUUCAAAUGUACAGGGAUUAAACAAAACUAUGAUUUUCGACCUUACGCCAUUUGAAAUUCGUGUCAAAAUUCCUAGGCAGCAUUAGCAAGGCUUGAAGCCAGUAGGAAACUGUCUUAACGUGUAUAUAACUGUAAUAUACGACUCGAAGUUACUGUAGUGUGUGUGAACGUUUUAUUGACUUGUAUAUUUGAACGGAUAACCUAGAACCUCUUAUGAUGCUCCGUGAUCCAAGUUUUCCAAGCUUUUGUCGUUGCAAAAGCAACCUUGCUGUAAGCGAAAUAAUGUUCAAUAUCGAAUGCGUAAGAGAUUGGAAAAUUUAGAUGAUUAAAGUCAGCUCAAUACGGACUGGGAACGUAGCAAACCUUUUGUAAAUAGAUUGUAGUCUUCUUAAACUUAAUAACGUAGACUUUUUAAUUUAAUGUUUAAUCGAACUAAAUGAACAUUCCAUCGAGGGUAAUGGAAUUUCAACUUUGACCUUCUGUAAAUAAGGUUCAAUAUGAACUGUUAUGUGACAAAGUAGGGGAUGAUAUUUAAGAUAAUGAACGUACUGCUAUCGCUGUAACACCACAAUUAUAUUAAUAAUAAUAUUUAAAGAAAUGUGAUCAUGAAAGGUUAGAACAAUUUUGACGAUCAUUUUUGAUUAGUCUCAAUUUGUAAGUGUUUAAGUUAUUAUUUUUCAUUUAUAAUUAUCUGGUGGCUAUGCGCUUGGAGGUUUCGCGUUUAGUCACUCUUGGUGCUUCUCUUUACUGUACAGGUAAAGAGAAACAUAAUACUUUUAGUAAAUAAAGUAACCUAACUUAUUUUAGAUAAGUACAAGGUAAUAAAAACAAGAUGGCGCAGGAGAGCUGUCAAAAGUAUGUUUCGUAUAAUUUAUACUUUAUCUGUAAAGCCAAUUUCCUGGUCACUUUUCUAAUGUAUAAAAUAGUCUUACUAGCUAUUAUUAAAGUGUAGUUUUAAGUGAAAAGGUACCACUUACAGAGCGGAAAUGUUUUGUACUUCAGUAUUAAUAGAGAAUUUUGUGAGACUUUACAACGAGUUUAGUACAUUUUUUAAGAUCUUUUUUUUUUCAUAAGUUUCACGGUACCGCAAGCAGUGUAUUCGCCAAAGAUAAUGCAUAAUUUAAUUUAAUUAGUGCUAAGAAUUAAGGUUAAGCUUAAAAUAUAGGUUUGAGGACGGUCAUAUUGCAUUUUACUCAUAUUCAUAUACUAAAUACACUGCAUUAUGAAGUAGAUAAGAAACGCUCACUCAGUCGAGGUUCUAACUUCGCGACCCUCCGGACUCGGGACGAAUCACGACUUUUCUAGUAGGUACAGUCAGUGGCGGAUUUGCCCUAAGACCCAGUAGACCCGGGCCUAGAGCAGCAAGAUAUUAGGGGCGGCAGCAAGGCGGCAGUCUACAGUAUGUGUCUGACCGUGGGGCUUUAAUUCCAGGGCUUGAUUUUACUAUGGGACCAACCCUAAAAUCGGGGGAAAAUUUUUGGCUUUUCCAUAGGAAACGUCGACAUCAGAUCAGCCAAAAUGUAUGAAAACGUAAAAUUUUCUUUUUCGGGACGUCGGGGUUGGUGCCAUAAUAAAAGUAGCUCAGUUUAGCUAGCAGAAUCAAGCCCUGGAUUUAAAGCCCCAUGGUCAGUAGCACCCUGUACAUAUGGGUGCUGAGAAAGGGGCGGCUAGUAGUUACUACAGGACUUGGGGCCUAGGGCGAUCAACACUGCAAAUCCGCCACUGGGUACAGUCGACGUCAUACAUAUGUUUACAUUGUUUACACUUUUGCACCUUACUUCCUUGUGAUGAGGCCAAAAAUGUAAACAUCUUUGACGUCGACUGUACAUACUUUACGAAUUCAUCAACCUUCGUAACGUAAUGUAGACGGGACACAUACUGCAACGUAGGUGUUACUGCCUAUGUGUGGUGGUGGUGAACGCAAGUUGUUAUAGGUACCUUAUAAACGAGACUUAUAAGUGAUUUUUCUUUAAACGACAAUGAUUUUAUGCGAUAUGACCGUCUUUGAUAUGUUUCAGAAAUGGAUUUUGUGCGGUUUGUUUCAAAAAUACAAAUCUGCUAGGACUCAUUGUCUAUGCUUUUUUUUUUACCCUUUGUUGAUAUUAUGAUCUGGCUGUUUCUUUUUAAUUUAUUUUUUUUCUAAACUGGCAGGCAUGUGUUUUUGGAACAAGCUGUACCUACUCUUGUUAAAAUUCUAAGAUUAUGGCGACAGUCGUAGGCAUGGGUUAGCUUUAUAUUAUUUAUGAGUUUAAUUCCGUAUUUAUUAAGAAAUUUAAUUUAAUUCACUAACUGAACAAAUCUUCAAUGAGUUGAAUAAUGAAUAACUGUUACGUGUUCUAACUUUAGACGCUAAUUUUAACUAUAUUCUUUUACAGUUUAAACAUAUCUUAUUUUGUUCCUGAUCACAUAUUAUACAUAAUAAUGUUUCGUUGAUAAUGAGAAACAAGGUCCAUCAAGAUAUAAAUUUUCAUAAAUAUAACGCAUGUGAUAAUGUACCAUUUUUAAAUAACACUAUAUAAUUUGUUAAAACCAUACUUAGUAUACGACCUGCGUGGACGCUCGAGCGGCGCGUAAAGCGGGGCACAGCGGCGCGCGUAUUAAACAAAUGAAAACGUAUGCAAGCGGUUCAUUCCACGCUACCGCUUGUCGCCACGCUGCCCGCUCCGCCGCACGCUCCGCUGAACGCUCGCUCAUGCCGUACACUUGUCGAUUGCCGAUUAUAAUCUGAGCAUUCUGGAUCUGAAUGCAAUAAAUUACCUAUCUGAUAAGUUACACCGUUUCCAUGUAAUUACUGCACAAUAUUUAUCACAGUAACUAUCUAUUAAAUAGUUGUAAUAUUUGUUACUAGCACAGAGUUAAAAGAUGGGCAGAGGUACAGUAGUUAUGAUAAAACUGUAUUUUAUAACACGUCGAUUUUGUCGUUUUUACGCGCGACACGCGCACAACGCUUGACUUCUUGGCGCUGCGUAUAGAUGUAGCCUCGCCUUGAAUUUUCUAUCGCAUGUUACCUGUCUAAAUGGCGGGACGACUUGGACGCAUUCUACCCCAAAUGGUGGGAAAAUGCCGAUGACAGGGUCGAGUGGAGAAAACAAGGGGAGGCCUUUGCUUAGCAGUGGGACACCAAAGUAGGCUAGUUAAUCAAAAAAACGGAUACCUGUAAAGGGGAGUACUCCGAGGAAUUGUUCGGAUUAAUCCCAGCUGCUUCUUUCCGCCAUAGCUCUACUCGACAAUUUUUACUAUCUUAACCACUUAGAUGGUUGGCACUCCUUCCUCAAUGUGUGUUUCUUCAGAAUCUUCCUGCCUCGCACAGCUAAUGUGGAAUGAAUUUGUAUGCGUGAGUUUGUGUGCGUGCGAAAACGGCUUGACACGUGGUCACAGUUUUAUCUCAAGCCACCCUACUUCUGUCUAUCUGUCAACUCUGUGGUUAUUAGAUUACUUUUCUAAUUUGAAAUUAUCUUACUAUUUUAUUUCCUCAGUAGAGACGUUGAAACUAUAAUAGUUACCAUAGUACAUUUUAUUUUGCAUUGUAAUUAAAAAAACGACACUGCCGAUGUCUAUAAAAUUGAGUGCCAUAUUUUUGUUGAUUCUUUAAAAAUCUCAAGUUUUGGUGAUUGUGCAUAUAAUUUAUGAAUGAAAAUUAAUCUGAUUUUAGUAUUGGUUAUUUCUUUUUAGUUUCCGCUUAGAGGCGUUGGUUUUCUUUUUCAAGUCAAUUAUGGUGCGCUCGAUAAUCUAUAAACUAUGUAUUUAUUCUACGCAUUGUAAUGCAUUAGAUGCAGUUUAUAAUAAAAAAGACCUUUGAAAUAAUAUUUAAUAACUACCUACGAGUACAUCCACAAAAGAUUAAACCACCAAUAAUUAGUUUUCCAAAAAAAAACCCCAAAAGAGGGUAAACAUAAAAUAGGUGACCAAAAACAAAGAUGGGUUUUUGUCACUAUACAGAAAUAACGAAAGGGGAUAAUUUUUCAUUCGCUUUUGACAUUUUGACUAAGGUUGAAACGUCGAAAUAAGCGUAGAAAGGGAUUGAAUUUAUUUUGACUUAGCAAACGUUCUAGUGGAAUGCAACUGGGAAAAUGAACUCUAAACGACAAACAAUAAGGUCUGUUAUCUAAUACAUUAUUGUGCGUAGGUUUUUUGUAAGUAAGUCUCAUUUCGUGAUGUAACGGCGUGUAUAACGAGGAUAAGUGGUUGAAUAGAUCAAGUGUAUGAGUUUACAAAGAAUUAUAAUAAAUGGAUAAAAAUAUAAA